GGCCUCCACCUCAUCAAAGUUCAUCGCGUCGCUUGCGUCCGUGGGUGGCAGGGUAGAGCCUGGUGAAAGUGUCAAUGCUCUCCGGUAUGCGCCUCGUGUUAUGUCUAUGUGUCGACUUUGCUUACAUGUCCAACAGUAAUGCUACAACCGAUGAAAGACGAACCACCUUUGUCGUCGAAGUGCAAGAACAAGUUCCUGAUCCAAAGUACGCUCAUUACACCCGAGAAGGAGACCAGAGACCUACAUGGAAAGUUUAGCAGCAAAAACUCUGUGUUGUAUACCUCCCACCCGAAGGACAAACUCUUGAAGAGGAAGAUGAGGGACAUGUGGAGCCCCCUAUGCCUCCCGUCACCGUCCUUCCUGCAGAGCACGCUGGUGGUCCAUCUAACUAUGCAACUCUCAACAAUACAGAGUCGCGCCCUCCUCCACCUAUGCCAGAUUUCACUUUCGACGACACGGUUCAAGCUGCACCGCUUGUGCAACCCCAGCGCUCCGCCACACCACCUGCACCAGAAUGAGAGUGGUCGAGUCGGUGUUGUCAACGUCAGUGUGCAUCCACCUUCACCACCACCCUCUCCUCUAGUUGCACGGGUCGAUCAACAGCUUCGGGAUCGUCUUGCGGCUGUUCCAGAUCCCAGCUCUCUGGCGCCAGAAUCCAUUUCACCGACAUCCAUCGCUCCCUCAGACUUCCGGAGGAGACAUACGUCGGCGCUCUCAGAUGAUGGAGAGACGUACGCGGGAUCUGACGCCGGUACCAUGGUGGAGCAUGAUAGUGUUAUCCACCUUACUCGUUGUCUGUACAUCGCUAUAUUUAAUCUGAUUUGAAUAACACGACUAUGGACAUGGCUGAGGAGCUAGUCUUCCUGAGGAG